AUGAUUUGGUUGCUUGCUUUUUCAUUUUACAUCGUUGCCACAGUUUUCGGUGCUGAUGAACAUUCCAGAUCUUCUUACUUCAGAACAGUGGAAAACAGGCGCUUAGCAGCACAAGUGGCCAAAACAUUUUAUUCCCCUAGUGUUUUGUCGUGCAGUCAUGCGUGCCUCAGAAAUACUUGGUGUUCCUCUACAAAUUUCAAGAAAGGGACAGGUGGCACAGGAGUAUGCGAGUUGAUUAAGCAUGAAUCCAACUCAACUUACUAUAACAGCAAACUCAUACAUCAACCAGGCAACACAUAUGCAAUAAUUCUAAAGGUGAGUAAAUGCAACAUUUUAUUUGCGCAAUGCCGUGAGAGAAAUUUUUUACUAUUAAACUUUUUCGCUGGCGUAUCUAACGGAAAGACAAGUCGAACAGUAAUAUUUACAAGCAGACAAUAAUUUGCUAUACAAUCCAAAUAAAACCUUAAACUUCCGCAAGAGCUAGUGACAUUUGACACGUAAACGGUUUAACCGUUUCGAUGCUGUGUGUUUAUUACCAGAAAGCAUGAUUAUGAUUCUGCAUGGCUAAGGAAUAAUCUCAGUUAAGUUGAAACUCCCACAAUUUCUCCCCUAGAAGGGUACAAGCAAGCGAGGAAACGAUUUCCCUUCCUGCCAUUUUUCUAAGUUAAAACUAUUUUUACUGAUAGGGUUGUCUGAUGACUGGAUGCCUAAAUGGAGGUUCUUGCUUGUUAGACAAGAAAAAGGAAGCGUUUUCAUGUUCGUGCAAACUACCAUGGAGUGGGCAGAGAUGCGAAGAAAAAUUGAGUAAGCCUUUAGUACAAAGCGUUUGCACAUAUUUGUUUUUCUAUUUAUGUAUUCGUUUAUUCAUUUUUUUUGUUUUUCAUGAGAGAAAAGUCUUGAUGUCCUUACUUCAAGCGUUUUAAUGCUGGUUUCGUUUCUAUCAUUUGUUACUGAGCUCCCCGGUUGACUCGUUAGGGCAAAUCCCUUAAUUAUGGCCUCUAACGUAUAUGCUACUGGCUAGGGUUUUUUUAAUGGCCCCUCUGUCUUGAGCAGAGCAUUAAACAAUCGCGAGAAAGUUUUGAAAUAACUCCAAAGCACUUUCAAAAUAAGUUACGUUUUCGCUAACGUCGCCUCCCUGAUUCGUGAAUCACAGGCGCAUUAAGAAGGUGAAAUGACAGUUGUCAUAACAUUCUUCUGGCGGCUAAAUUGAAAUUCGUCUGAACGGUUCCAUUAAAAAAAUGAUAAGUUAUUUUCCCUCUUUAUUUUCUUCUCUCGACUAAGUUUUCUACCAAGCUUUCACAGAAACGCUCGCUAUAAUGCUGAAUGGUCCGUAACUAAGGCUUCAUUCGCCUACCUUAGCUACCAUGGGCAAGCCAACUUUUCCAACUUUUCCUUCCGAAACUUGGUGAUUCUUUUACAUGAGAAAUAAAACGUUGGCUCGACUAGAAGAUUGACCCGCCUUUUUCGACCCAGCCGGGUCAUAUCGGUCAAGGCGAAACAAUCGGAGCAUGCGCGAGCGUUGUUGUAAGCUCUUGGCUCUGGCAAACGGUCAACUUUUUUCUCAUAUAAGCGCUCGCCAAAAGUGACUCGGUUGGGAGGAUGAUCCUCUUUCUAAGGACAUUACUGCAUCUCAGCUUCUAUUUUCCACUGGCUUGGAGUCAUAUUACUUUUAAUUAUUCCUUUGUUUGUCUGUUUUUUUUUUUCGCUCAGAUUGUCCAGUUGGCUGGUCUGCAGAUGGCGACUCGUGUUAUUACCUAAACGGUACAGUGGCACAGAACCAGACAGACGCCCGCAAAGUAUGCCAGGCAAUGGAUGGAGACCUCCCAAUAAUCAAAUCAGCCACUGAAGACAAAUUCGUAUUUGAACUGAUAAGAGACAGUGAAACAGUCACAACACUUGGUACCUGGCUUGGGUUAGAGCGAGAUAAGAACAAAAGCAAGUCAUUCCAUUGGAUUGAUAACACUCCACUUGAAGGAGGGUUCAAGAAUUGGUUUUACAAGGAACCGAACAACAAAGGCGGUAAUGAAGAUUGCGUCCAUAUGUAUGGAAAGCGAGCUUGGAACGGUACGAGGCCAGGAAAGUGGAACGACUACCCCUGUAGUUGUUAUCAUAAGCUUCCUCAUUGCCCUGUUAUACUUUGCCAGAAGCCUGCAUACUAA